AAUCAGCGUCUCCGACAUAUUUGAGUGUAUAGGGCCUGUACGAGUGUUCGGCCCUAAUCGGUUUCCCCCGUAGCCUUUCGGCUAACGUCUCUCGUCGUGCUCUUCACUUGAUUCAAGUUGGUCGUCUAUUACGGUUCAAUAAUAUAUUCAUUGAUAAAUAAAGUUCUAAUUUCUAAUUAAACUAAGUCUUAUUAUUAUUGUUUAAAUCCUCAUAACCUCUAACAGGUUAUGGGCCCAGAGCUCGCUUUCACUGAGCAGAUUAAUAAAGUGUUUGUUAAAUUAUAAAAGGUGUAGUAUAGAGAAACGUGUAAGUGAUUUUGGAAAAUCUAACAAAGAAGACUUGCAGUUUCAAUGGCUGAAAACAAAGACAAAGAAGGAUCGACAGUGUCGUCGACUAAAACAUUUGUUACCAAAGAGGAGUUGAAAGCGCUAGAAGUAUGGCUGGACAAAUGUAAGAAACAGGGUGUGAAAGCUGUGCUGCCGAGUACUGUAAAGAAACAGGAAAUAGUUGAUCCUGUAGAGGAACAAUGGUUGGCUACGAGAAUCAGCAACGACAGAACGAAUGACGACAGUAGUGGUGACGACGGAAAGAGUGACGAGAGAAUCAGUAACGACAGAACGAAUGACGACAGUAGUGGUGACGACGGAAAGAGUGACGAGGGAACUAGAUAUGACGGAACUAGUUAUAAGAGGAGUGUCAACACAACGAGAGCUAUGAUUCAUAAUGUAGAAGGAGAUAAUAUAACUCAGUUGGCCACUGAGACAAAAGGUAAAGGUCUACCUAAAAUAAUUGAGACAAAACCGGUAAAAAUAUCUCUAAAGAAAUUUAACGUUCCUAAACUAUUGAAUAAAUCUGACAAUAAAAAUUGUUUAGAUGACACAAAUACAGAAACUAAACAAAAGACUGACGAAAAGGCGACUGCCUGGAUACCUUGCUUCAAUGCCAUGGACAAUAUGCUGUUGCAGCAGUCCAAAAUGUUGGCUAGCUUAACUGAAACUAUGAAAAGCAUGGAGAAAAGGCAAUCAGAAAUUAUGGAAGAGUUAUGUCGUAACCGACAAAAUAUGAGUGAUCUGGGUAAACAAGUAGAGAAAAUCGAGUGUAAUAUAAAACAGGUAAAAGAGUGUGAACCUGAUGUGAGUUGCAUGACCCAGAACAGAAGCUCAGACAUCAAUCUGGGAGAACCGAGUGGUCACAAUUUAAAUAGCAAUGUAAGACAGAAUGACGACAGAUACGUUAGAGCUGAUGAUGUUAAAGAUGCAAUAAAGUAUGAGAUAAUAAGUAAAGAUGUGGGUACGCGCCGUGAUUACAAAUUAACUAAUCAAACGAAAUUUGAAUACUUUUACGAUUAUUUUUCUUCAGAAUUGAGAUCGCUUGAACUAUUGUAUGUAAUUGACACGAGUGAAAAACCGACUAAAAAUUAUGAUGCAAAUACUUUGACAAAACAUAAAUUCAAAGUGCGUGAUAUUCUCAUAAAUCGUUUAGAGUCAUACUAUCACACAAAGGUAGCUCAUUUAAAAGAUCCUGUCGAAAUACUAAAUAAAAUAAAAGAAUUAAAACGAUAUGAGGUGAAUUUAACUACUAGUAUGAUUAGAAGGAAUUUUCACACCAUGCAGUAUUCACCAGAUAAAGAGAGUGCUUCUGAGUUUUGUGAAAGGUUUGAAAACUGCAUACGCGAUUAUGGGAAUAUCUCAGACACUGCGACCUUUUCUGAGGAGGAAAAACGCGACACAUUUUAUAAUGCUAUUAUGACCACGGUUCCUUCUGUUCAAGCUGUUGAGUUUAUAAGAGCAGAGGCAAAUCGAAAUCAGACAAAAUCAGGAGAGACCAGAGCAGCAAUGACAGUUAAGAAAGGUACGAGUGCGAGAUGUUAUGAGUGCUCUGAUUUUGGUCAUGUCAGUUAUGAUUGCCCCCGAAAAGGAACAGGUGUUGUGAAAUGUUACGAGUGUAAUAAGUUCACAAACCAUAAGGCUGACGAGUGUCCUCAAAGACAGGAAAGACUAAAGAAGCAAGGAUCUACGAGUGGUCGAGUUUAUAAAAGAGGUAAUGGCAGGUAUAAUUACAAUAAAAACUUACAAAAAUCUGGACAGAUUAACGACAGACGACAGACAUUGAAAAGGAGAAAUGACGAUAAUACGAGAGGUUAUAAUUACAAGAGAGGCAGAUUCAAUCAAAAUAAAGGUCGAGGUGGCUACAAAUAUGUUAAUAAGAACUUCAAACAGCCCAAAUCAAAUAAUGAUGGGAAUAAGAAAUCAGCUGAUACUGCAAAGGGUGUUUAUAAUAAACCCUAUUGGAUUAUUGAACUGGAAAUCAAUCGAGAUACGGCUGGAAACGAGAGUAAUAUAUGCGAAAGAUCUAACAAAUAUAUUUUAGCUGACUUGACGAGUGAUUACAAAACAACUGUAAAUGAAGCAAGAUGUAUGUGGCGAAACAUUGCGACAGAAGACAAAACGAGUGCUGAGGAAAAUUUUAUUAACCGAACAGAUAUGAGCGAAAAUGAUAAUGAGUGUACGAGAGCAAAGAAAUCAAAAACAACAGAUGAGACGAUAGACGGUACAGAAAGAGUGGAAACGAUUGAGAGCAGGCAAGAGAAAACGGGUGAAAACAAACGAGUGGAAGCGUGUGAAGAGGUACGAGUGAACGAAUGGGAGAACAAAGUACAGACUGAAGACAGAGAAAGGAAGACCAAUAGUAAUACUCUGACUGGAUACACUGAGUCAAGUAUCACUGAUGAUCAGAAUGUAAACAUGAAAAAUAAAAUGUAUCAAAACUUUAACUUUGAAACAACCAUAUGGGAUAGGAAAAUUAACGAUCCAAAUGAAUUGCCGGUAACAGAAACAACAGAUAUUGAAUCUCCAUUAAACGAGUGUAAUAAUAAAACAAAUUAUGACAAAGCAAUGUUAUGGCACGUCAGGCUGGGGCAUGCUUCAGUAAAUUAUUUAAAGGCAUUGCAAAGAAAAUUACCCGAGAAUAAAGAGCUUCAGAAGAUCGUGUUCGAUCAAUCGAUCAUGGAUUGUGAGAUCUGUAUGGUUUCUAAAAUAAACAAGUUGCCAUUUAAAACAGUGCGUAGACGAGCGAAUGCUCCACUGGAGAUUAUACAUUCAGAUACGAUGGGACCAAUUAGUCCACCUUCUCAUCCUAAAGGAUACAAAUUUAUAUCUGUAUUCAUUGAUGACUAUUCGCGAUUGGCAAUGGCAUAUGCGAUGAAAGUUAAGAGUGAUACGGGUGCUUGCUUUGAAGCAUUUGUGAAGAGUGCGCGAAAUCUGCUUGGAAAAGAUGCCAAAGUGUGCUAUUUACGCUCUGACCAGGGAACUGAAUUUAAAGGUGGUUAUACGACAGAGGUUUUAAAUAAAUUAGGUGCAGAGUUACAGGUCUCUAGUCCUGAUACCCCUGAACAUAACGGUGUUGCAGAGCGGUUUAAUCAGACUAUACAGAAGAAGGUGCGAGCCUACAUGUAUGAUGCAAAAUUACCCGAGAACAUGUGGGAUUUGGCUUUGAGUGCAGCUGUCUAUGCCUAUAAUAGGACCCCUCAUAAAGCAAAUGACAUGAUAACUCCUAUGAGUAGAUUUGCACCAAAUCAUAAUUUUGAUAUAAACCAACUUAAACGUUUUGGCUGUAUUGCCUACAUUAAAGUUCAACGGAAGACUGGACCAAAGUUCCGUUUCGAAAGAAGACGAGUGGUGUUAGUUGGCUAUACUCCCACUGGGUACCAAUUUUUAAAACCUGAAGAAGGAAAAUUUUACGAGAGCAGAGAUGUGCGAUUUAACGAGAAAUUGGUUUAUGGCGACAAAUACGGUAAAGACAGCAUUAGAAACUGGCCAAUUGAAGAGUGGAAAACAGAAAAAGACAAAUGGUUUGUGGAAUUCUCUGAAAAUAUAAACGAAUGUACUGAUAAGUUAAAAACGGAGGGAGAGAUUCCAAUAAAAGGAAAAAGAGGAAGACCUAGGAAAAAUCCUGUAAUAACAGACACGAAUGUGACGAGUGAUAACAUAAUAACAAAUAAUAAUGGGCAGAGUGAAUUAAGCAUGAGUGAUAGAGAAAUUGAAGGUAAAAUUAUGUUUACAUCUAAACUAAAUGACGACUAUGAUAGAAAAAUAGAAAACCUAGAAGAUGAAAUGUAUUGUGCAAUGCUGGCAAGAAUAAAUGAGGAUCCUGCUACCUACAGACAAGCCAUGUCAUCGAGUGAAUCUAUUUACUGGAAAGAAGCAGUAGAUAAUGAGUUGAAAUUAAUGUCGGAAAAUAACGUGUGGGAAAUCAUUGAUCGACCAAAACUAACGAGUGAUGGUAAACGAGCGAAUAUAAUUGAUUCUCGAUGGGUAUUUAAAAGGAAAGUAAAGGAUGAUGGUGAAAUAAGACACAAGGCAAGACUGGUUAUACGAGGGUUCAAAGACAGAAACGUCUACGAGCUGAAAGAGACUUAUGCUCCGGUGUCCAGACUACCACUAGUUCGAGCUGUGCUGGCCAUUAUAAAUAAAUAUGAUCUGGAAGUUUGUCAGCUAGAUGUGCAAACUGCUUUCCUCAAUGGGACGAUUGAUGAGGAAAUUUUCAUGGAAAUACCUGAUGGAAUUGAAAUAAGUGAUACCGACAGACGAGAGAAAGUAUGCAAACUAAAACGAGCGUUAUAUGGUUUGAAAAUAAGUCCAAAACGUUGGAACAAAAGGUUUACAGAAGUAGCUCUAGUUGCAAGUAAUGAUGAGAAUAAACUGAAAGAAGUGAAAGAACGAUUAAAAAGUGAAUUUAAAAUGACAGAUUUAGGUGUACCAAAAGAAUUUUUGGGUAUUGGUAUAACGAGAGAUAGGAAAAAUAAAAUAUUGGUCCUGAAUCAAAAACGGUACAUAGAGAAGAUACUGAAGAGAUUUAAUUUUUCAGAAUCACAUCCACAGAAAACUCCUAUGAUUACAACACAGGCGGCCAACAGAGAACGAAAGCUUAGAGAAGAGAGUGAGGAUCCAGAGCUGCUACGAGUGACAAAAACGAAUGAAAAUAUUCCGUAUAGAGAAGCUGUUGGAAGUCUAUUGUAUCUGGCUGGUGCAACACGACCAGAUAUAGCUUAUGCAGUCAAUGUGCUAAGUAGACAUCAAAUAAAUCCAGUGGAUAAUGACUGGAAAAUGGUGAAACGAGUGUUUAGAUAUUUAAAAGGAACGACGGAUGUAGGACUGAAUUAUUUGUCUAAUCAGGAUGAUCUAAGAGCGUAUUCGGAUGCUAGCUUUGCUGAUUGCAAAGGCUCCAUCACAACGAGUGGAUUUUUAAUACAACUGUAUGGAGAUACAAUAGCCUGGAAGUCUCAUAAACAAAAUUAUGUAGCACUAUCGACUUGUCAGGCAGAAUACGUUGCGAUGAGCGAAGCAAGUCAAGAGUUGAUUGCUAUGAACAAUUCUCUUAAAAUAAUCUUGGAUCAAUCAUUUACUCCAAUGCAACUAUGGUGUGACAACAAAGCAGCUGAGGCGAGUGCACAGACGAGUGGUGGAAAUAAGCUGAGACAUAUGACUGAAGUGAGAGAACACUAUGUGAAAGAGUGUGUAGAAAGAAACUUCAUUAAAAUAGGCUGGAUUCCUUCAAGGAAUCAAAUAGCAGAUCUAUUUACUAAACCUCUUCCCUAUGGGACUUUUAAACGACUGACAGAAAUUGUGUUGAACAAGACGAGUGACAAUACUGAGUGA